CUUUGGACGUACUUUUUUUUUCAUUUUAGAAAUUCGACACUUUGUAACUACUUCGACAGUAUUACGAAAACCCACCGACGACCUGGUUUAAACAAAUAGUACCUUCAUCCGUUGAGUUUCCGACAUACCCUACAAAGCAAACGACAACCAACAUAUCAUCAUGGUCACCACAGUCAUUCCCUCCACCACCAACAAAUUCUCUUCCGUGGUCAUGACGGCUCAAGGUCUUUUCUUGUUGGGCAACGGUGUUUACCUCUUGUUCAACCCAUUUCAACCUUCUUUGGAUCCUGCCGGAGUGUUUUACAACACCCCUGUUCCGGUUAUCAGGGCGUUUAGCAUGACAUCUUUGACCAUCGGGAGCAUGUAUUUACAAUCCGUCUACCAACGCAACCGGGACGCAAUGUUGUUGAGCGUUUUUGGGAGAGGUGUGGCGGUGACGGUAUUUUUCUGGACGAACGGAGGGGCCUGGAAGAAUGUCGCCCUCUUCGAAGGGGCCAUGGGUCUCCUGACAGGCUUGAGCCUCGCCUUUUAG